AUGGAUUCUGUUAUCUUCGAUCCUGCAUUCAUCAUCUCUCCACUUGCUACAGAUCCUGUCAAGACAAACGAUUCCCCUACUUCAUCCAAGGCUACGAUUUUUCCCGAGAAGAGACAUACACUCGUGGAUCAAACUAUCACUGAGGAACUCAAAACCAUGGCUCUCAAGUUCGCAAGCCAUAUCCCCGAUGAAAAGUUUAGUCCUGCAGAGAUUCAAGGAUUUCUUCUGAACCGUCGGGAUGAUGCGAAGAAAGCUUUGGAUGAGGUUGCAGGUUGGGUCGAGGCUCUUUUGAAGACAAAGAAGAAAGGAAAGAAGGUUGUCGGAGCUCAUUGA